AUGACAACGUUAGGUGGACCGGCUCCUCGAGGCUAUGACCGACCACGGAGGUCAGACGCGGAUACAAACAGAGGAGCAGCCGGAGACGGCUCAACGUCUAGAGCUCAUUUGUUUCAGGAUGAAAAGCGAAGAAUCAUCAGUAGCUGUUUCUCUAAGCAAGACAGUGAUGGUGCCUUAACCGAAUCAUAUAUCACCCACAUACGAAUUACUGAGGAUGCGGCUUAUCCGACAACGCCGGCACCACCAAACUCCCCUCCCGAGAACAAAAAACUUCGAUUGAUCAUUGUCGCAUUGCGGAAAUCAGGCCGUGUUCGUAUGCACAAAGCUCGUGAGAAUAAUGACGGGACGUUCUCAAUAGGGAAAACAUGGAUGCUGGACGAUUUGAAUUCGAUACAAUGCUACAGCGAUUUACCUGCCACUACCCAGGUUGAACAACAACAGAAACAAUGGGCAUCAAAUGUUGGAUUUACCGUGACGAUAGGGAAACAAUAUUACUGGCAGGCGUCCAAUUACAAGGAGAGGGACUUUUUCAUUGCGAGUCUGGUCAAGAUCUACAAGAAGUAUACCGGCGGUCGGGUUCCUAAAUUGAUUGGCAUCGAUGAGAAGCAAAGGCAGGCAUUGAUUGGAGAAGCUGCUCAGGUACCCCUACGUCCAACUACACCAUCAUCUCAAGACACUCAACCAAGCCAAACGACUACGAUCCGCGCGCCUAGCCGCGAAGGAAGAAAUGAGCCGAGAUCUCAGCUGUCUGAGGAGCAAAAUUUGCGAUCUCAGCGCAGUCGCGAUGGGCCACUUCGACCAUCCCCAUCGCCAGGUCGGCCUCCACAAGUACCGCGGAUUCGCGACGAUCUUCCAUCGAAUCUCAAUGGGCGCGCACUUGACAAUGAAAGACCACCGAAACCACUGUAUGCAGAGACCCCACGAGCAGUUUCUAGGGGUCGAGACCGUAGUCCUGCCAACAUCCGACAACAACGCGGACCGCCCCAGCUCCAUGAUGAGAAGGAGUCAUAUGGAGCGAUUUCUAACCCAGCCUUGGAUAUGGCACGAGAAGCGCUGCGCCCUGGCACAUCAGGUUCUGGAUCUAUUCCGCCCUUGAACAACCAGUCUCUGUCGCUAGAUAACAGCAUGCUCUCAAGACCGUCGAGCAGAGGUGAUGCACCCCCCUCACGAGGUAGUAACAUUUCAAAUCGUUCAUCAAGAAACCUUGAGGAUCUCCCACCAGCGCUUCGACCUGGUUCGUCUAGCGACUUGAGAAAUAAUGGACCCACGGAAUCCGCCAAUGUUACGCGAGAAGCAAAAGAACCUGAGCCGGCGCUCAUCGUACCUCCCUCCAUCCCGAACGUUCCUGCUGAGCCAGUUCAGGAGACGGUUGAACCCCCCGCUGUCUCAAUUCUAACACCAGAGAAAGUUGAACCUCCGUCGCAAGUGAAGCCUUCUGUAGAAACUCCACAGCCUACAGUCACUCUUGAGAAGCCACCUGUCCCACCAGCAGAGGAGCAAACGGAGGACCCCGAGGCUCAUCGUCCUGGUCUUGGACCUAUGAUCAAAAAGAAGACCGGAAAGGAUCUUGCUAGCGCUUUUCGUAAGGCCGCUACUGCAUAUGGUGCUUUUAAACCUAGACCUGGAGGCGCUGGUGAGCGAUUACUGGCAAAGGAAAAGACACAGACAAAUGAACCUGAUGGCAUUACAAGUGUUGUCCCGGCUCCCUUGUUACGUGGGAUGAGUAGCGAAUCCAUAAAACCUGCCACUCCGGAGCCAGUGAUCAGCGAACCAACUCCUAUUCAGGGGUCACCUGCUCAAGAACCACCGAAGGUCGAAAUUACUCGCGCGAAUACAGAUGAAUUUCCUCCACCUCCUCCUGAUGUAACAAUGGAAACUCCUGUCGUUCAGGUGCCAGAAACGACUGAAGCGAAGAUCAGACCGAGGUCCGUCUCACCAGCUCAGGAACGCCGCCGCAGACGCCGUGAAGACAAUAUCGCCAAGUACUGCCAAGCUUUGGGUAUUGAAGUCAGUAUCGUUGAAGGUACAGAAGGUUACUUUGACGAAAUCCUCACUGACCUGGGUUGGCAUGGACGUCUAAGUGAUGAGAAAAAGAUUGAAGAUUUAGAGUCAGAUAUUCGGAGAGAGAUUGGACGGGUUCAGGCUACCAGUUGGCUUGGUAAUAUUGAACAACAAGAAGGUAAAGUCGAUCAAUUAGCCAAACUUAUUGAUCGAACGAUUGAAGAGUGUGAGGAACUGGACGGUCUGUUGACUCUCUAUUCUCAUGAGCUUAGUACUCUGCAUGAUGAUGUUGCAUUCAUUGAGGCACAGUCUCAAGGUCUUCAGGUCCAAACAGCCAAUCAGAAGCUUCUGCAAAGCGAACUUCAAAACCUCCUUAAGACGCUCUCUAUUUCGGCUGACGAUCUACGACCGCUACAAGAAGCUUCUUUGAAUGGAGUAGAUGGCGUUUAUCAAGUGGAAACCGUCUUGUCAAUGUUAUACAAAGCAAUGUUGACCAUUGAUUCUGAUAUUGGUCAAAACAAGAAGCGCUUGGCUGAUGCUGCCGGUGAUUCCAGUAGUGUUGGUGUCUACGCUGAUACUGAAAUUGGUCAAAUGCGUGCAAUCAGAGAGAAGAAAGACCAAUACCGCGCUGAGUCUGGCUACUUUCUACAACGUCUUAGGCAGUUUAUGUCUGUUGCGUUCAAGUCUAGUCAACAAAAACGGACGAAUACAUCGUCGAAUUCUUUGAGUGACGCUUUGAAGUUCGAUAACACUGGCCACAAUGCGGCGCGUCAGGACAUUUGGAUGUACUACGCGCUUAUGUUGUUUGCACGAGAGGUCAGCUCCUCCGAGUGGGUUGGGCUGAUUAAUUUGUACGAGUCAGAUGCCAAGACACCUUAUCAGCACGAGUUGCGAGAUAACUUUGCGGCUUGGAAAAAGGCAGCCAAGAAAAGUUCCGGAGAGGAGAGCGAAAUCCUUUUCACGCAUCAUGAGAAAGAGAAAGAAGGCGAUGGAUUGACUGGUGCAGCGCGAAAGUUGACCGUCAGGCGAGGUAAGACCGUACGCGUUCAACAAGGACCUAAAACAAUUGGGGAAAAGCCGGGCAGAUUGGAUGCGUUUGAAGUUUUCGCAGGCGCAUUACGUGAAACGGUCAAGAUGAUUGCAGAGGAGCAGAACUUCAUUGUGAAUUUCUUCCACCUGAAUUCGCUCACGACAGUGGACUUUCCAGACUUGGUAGCUGCAAGUAAUCCUGGCGAAAGGCGACUUCCCGAUUUCAGCACAAAGCAAAUGCACGAUCCCGACCGUGACCUUGCCAAAAGAGUCGAACAAGUUGUUGACGGUAUCUUUUCCUUUUGGGCGAAUGAUAUGCAGAACCUUGUUGACUGGGUGCUGAGUAUUGAUCAACUACAAGGAAUUGGAGUGUUGGCUGCCCUUGAAGCUGCCGUUUCCGAAUUUGACGACACAAACCAGGAUUUCAUUGUGCACACGCUGCAGAAAUUGCUCAAUCGUCUCAAUGGUCUUUUUAACCGAUUUGUGGACCAACAGAUCAGGGGUAUUGAAGAAACGAAAGUGAAAAUCAACAAACGAAAGGGAGUCAUAUCGUUCAUGCGAACAUUCCCCCAUUUUUCUACUGCCGUUGAAAACAUGUUCGCAGCUCAAUCGACUUCUAAUUUCUCCGAUGUCCGGUUAGCUGUCAAUGAGGCGUACAACAAGAUCAACCGUGCCAUGUGGGAGAGCUUGAAGUUCAUUGCUAAAGAAGCCCCUGGUCAAGUCAGUGGUGCUACUACUGGGGUAGGCGACCCUGAAGACAAAGAAGCUCUGAACUAUCAUAUUCUUCUUAUUGAGAACAUGAAUCACUAUUUCGAAGAGGUCGAUGUUCGCAGUCUUCCAGUGUUGGAAAAAUGGCGUGACCGGGCAAUUCAAGAUUAUCAUGAACAUAUGAAACUAUAUAUGGAUGCGGUCAUUCGACGGCCUCUCGGAAAACUGCUGGAUUUUAUUGAAUCAACGGAGUCAUUGCUCACAAAUUCGAGCAAUCCCACGGACAUCGCCUCGCGCACUAGCCAUUCGAAGAGUGUGGCCAAGAAGUUGUUGUCGUCUCAUGAUAGCAAGGAGUUACGACGAGGCGCCGACCUCCUUAAGAAACGUGUCGAGAAACAUUUCGGCGAUGCGGACGAUCCAGGGCUCAGUCGCAGCCUUGUACUCAAGGUAUUCAAAGAGUGCGCGAGCAGAUACGAGGACGUUUAUGAUCGGCUUAAGAAGAUUACCGACAGCGUUUACGAAGGCCAGGUGGAACUUGACUGGAAUCGGGAUGAAGCAGGUUCACUUUUCCGUCGUUAA